GAGUGCAACUUCUUAGCGCCACCAAAGAUUCGCACUCCACUAAGCAAAACGUAUCGUUUAGAUCGAUUGUUAUAAAAUUUAAUUACGAUCAAUCGAUCAAUAACUGACAUUGAUCGUUUACAAUACAAAACAAUCAACGAUGGUGGAAUCCGUUCGUUUUGUCGCGAGCCCGGUCUUUUUGUAAACCAUUUUAAAUUUUGUUAUUGUGAUAAUGGUAGUUUUCGGUCUAAUCGGCCUAUUAUUGUACCACUCCUACGUCAUUGUGAUAUUGUGAUUGUGAGUUCGUUGUAUAUUCGUAUAUAGUGUUCUCAAAUUUUUGCUCAACUACAAUAGUAUUUUAUCGUUAACAGUGCUUUACUUCCAUUUGUGCCUUAAAUCCUUUAUUUCUAUUAGAACAUGAUGUCAAAGACCCAGUGGUUUGUUCUCCUUUGUCUGUUCAUUCUGUAUUUGCUCUUAGGAGCAUCCAUCUUUUACUAUGUCGAAUCUCAAGAAGAACUUCUUAAACACAAGUCUGAAGUUAGGGAAAGGCAAAAUAUUGAAGAAUUGCUAUGGAAUAACUACCAUGGUAACAACAAAAGUAUGGAAAUUUUAUUUAAAAGACUGACUAACUAUUGCGGAAAGCCUGUUCACUAUCAUAUGAGUGAUGAACUUCCUCCUAGUAAAUGGAACUACUACAAUUCGAUAUUCUUUGUAAUCACAGUGGUUAGUACUAUCGGAUAUGGAAAUCUUUCUCCAACCACCAUGUUCACCAGAAUAUUUAUGAUAAUUUAUGGUCUAAUUGGAAUCCCAAUGAAUGGUAUCGUUAUGGUUACGCUGGGCGACUUCUUUGGAAAAUCAUUCACAAAAUUGUAUGACAGAUGGAAGAAGGUACGCCUAGAAAAGAAUACCGCCAAAUUGGGACUUAUAGGUCAAAUCAUUCUAUACGCAGUUCCAGGUUUAACUUUCUUCAUUUUUCUGCCGGCCACCAUCAUGAGUUUUUUUGAAAACUGGAACUACGACGUAUCUGUCUAUUAUGCUUUUGUUACAUUAACAACUAUUGGAUUUGGAGAUUUUGUUGCAGGAACUGAAAAUGUUCAUCAGUUCAGCAAAGGGGUCUUUGUGUGUUACCACAUCUUCCUACUAGUGUGGGUAAUAGGAGGCUUAGGAUAUGUUAUUAUGAUCAUAGGAUUUAUUACCAAAGGUAUGCAGAGCCGGCAUAUUCAGAAACUAGAAAGAAUAUUAGCACAUACGGUUAAAAGCACCCCCACGAAGAUACGAAAUGAAUUUAGAAGCAUGCUCCACGAGCUUUUGUUUAUGCGAGUUAAACCAGUUUAUAAGGGUGAAUUCGAAUACACCCCACAAUAUUUGGAAAGAAGUCAAAGUUGUCCAGAUUUCACCAUUUGGAUAAACAAAAAUUCUCCUACCACGGCUAGAAAAAGAGCAAUGUCAGAAUGUUACAAGUACAACGUUUUGGAGAGAGUACAAUCCGAAUCAGAACUAGACAAGAUCGAUAAAGAACUAACCUUCAGGCCUUCUGAUGCUCUUAUGAAACAGAAAGAUCUUCUUCUUAAAGUCGUUGAUGCGUUAAGCUUGGCAUCUGCUAGAGACGGUAUAAUUUCCGGUUAUUCUGAAGACGAGAACCUAAAUAAUGCAAGAUAUGAUCCACCACCACCCAUGUUGCCUAAUCAAAGAAGAAGAGCAAUAAGCGACGUCAAGCCUCCACCAAAAUAUUUAACAGAGCAAUCUGUCAAUACAUGGUAUGGUAACGAUGCUUCUACAGCUCUUAAAGCAUUUAAUCAAAAGAAGAGAGCUAUGUCAGUUGCUCCAGCUCCAGGCCCAGACUCUAAGAAUUCCUUUCUUCAGCGGGUUCAGAAAACAGUGGUUAAUCGAUUUAGAAAAUCUAAUUCUAGAGAAAACGAUAUUGAAAAACAAAAUUUAGAUGAAUCUUUUAAUAGAAUACGUCAUCCUAGCAUCAUUCCUUCUAAUAGUGACUCCCAAAGGCAGAACAUGCCAGACCAAAAUGUUUUAGAAGAAACGUCGAUAGCCGAAUUUAUCAGAGCGCUUUCUGCAGUAACAGAAAGUAAGUACAAAGAACCACCAAGAAGAAAAAUAGGAUUAGCUAGUUUGACCCCACCAAGGUAUUCACCCAGUAAUCCAUUAGUACCUUCAUUUUCAAUAAGGAGGGCAUCUUUAAUACCACAAACCAGAAAUCGUCCAAAGCCAAGAAGGUUUUCAAUGACUCCAGUAUCUGAAAAUAUACUGAGCUCUCCUCCACCAUAUAGCCCUUGUGUUUCUGCAAGGAAUUCCCUAACCUUGCAGGAAACAUCAGAAUUAAGAAGGUUUUCUGUACGAAAAGCUUCCAGUAGCCAUUCGAGUCCAGUGCGAGCACAAGUACUAAAGAGUAAGCAAACUGAAACUGAGAAAGAUAGUAAAGACUGAAGAACAACACUUUUGUAAUCUAUGGGUCCUGUUAGAUAUAUAGAGAUCAAGAGACUGUUGUUAUCUGUUCACAUGUGUUAGUGAUUCCCAAAACGGGCUAUAGUGGUGCAAUUAGCAAAACUGUCAUACUCAUUUUGUAUAUUAUCAGUUUAAUGAUUUUAAAACUACCAAUAUGAAGUAUUAAGGAUAAGAAAGCCGUAAAACAAAUACUUGUUAAAUACUGUGUUAACGUAUAAGACCGAGUUUUUGCCGGUAUAUGCUCUUUGAUAUAAUUGGAUUAUAACUAUGUUUUUCUAUUCUCAUACUAUAAUAUAUCAAUUAUGAUGUCACUACCCGUAUCAUAAUGAACUUCAUUAUAAUACAGAUUUUCAUUAAGAUACAAAUUUUUAACCAAUAGAAUCGCGAUAUGGCAUUCGCGAUAAAGAUGGUACACGCGCAAUGACCAAUGGCAAGUCAAAUACAUAGGCUUUGACAGUUCUCAAUAUGUAAACAAACUGUCAAACUGACAAACUACUUAAUUUGUUUGCGUUACAAAAUUAAUAAAUUUGAAUAUAUUUUUUGUUGUGAAUGAUCAUAGAAAAAAUAGUGUAUACAACUUGCAUUUGAUUAUCAUUAUGAAGCUCGUACUCUAUAAGAAACUCGCCGCAUGCGGCUCGUUUCUUAUCCCUCAUACUGGCUUCAUAAUGACCAUCAUUAAAUGCUCGUUGCAUAAUAUACUAUUUUCUAUUCUCAUACUUCUUCUUUACGUGCCAUCUCCGCGACGAAGGUUGACAAUCAUCAUUGCUAUUCUCACUUUCGACACUACAGCCCGAAAGAGUUCAGUUGAGCUGCAUCCAAUCCAUUAUCUGAGGUUUCUCAGGCAGACAUUUUUCUCCUACCUAUGCUGCGCCUUCCUUGAAUCUUUCACUGCAUAAUUAAUUUUAGGAGUUCAUAUCUGUCACCACGUGUUAUACUAUAAUAUAUCAAUUAUGAUGUCACUACCUGUAUCAUAAUGAACUUCAUUAUGAUACAGAUUUUCAUUAAGAUACAAAUUUUUAACCAAUAGAAUCGCGAUAUGGCAUUCGCGAUAAAGAUGGUACACGCGCAGUGACCAAUGGCAAGUCAAAUACAUACGCUUUGACAGUUCUCAAUAUGUAAACAAACCGUCAAACUGACAAACUACUGAAUUUACUUGUGUUACAAAAUUAAUAAAUUUGAAUAUAUUUUUUGUUGUGAAUGAUCAUAGAAAAAAUAGUGUAUACAACUUGCAUUUAAUUAUCAUUAUGAAGCUUGUACUCUAUACGAAACUCGCCGCAUACGGCUCGUUUCGUAACCCUCAUACUCGCUUCAUAAUGACCAUCAUUAAAUGCUCGUUGCAUAAUAUACUAUUAUUCAUUUAAACUGUAUGCAGAUACUAUUCAAUUUUUCAAUUCUAAACACCCACCCCACGAGUUUCAAACGACUGCCUACAGUCAACUGCUACCUAGAAUAACUUUCAAUUUUGCAUUGUUGUCUUUUAUUCAUUUAUCAACCUAAAGGUAAAAAUCAUGCGAGUAGCUAGUGUUUCGAUCUCAUCCUCAUACUUAACUAAUAGGUCUGAUCUGGUGGUCAGCAAAGUGACAAGUUUAUCGUCAUCAGUAGAUUUACCCAUGUGAUAACAUAAUAUUAUAUGUAUAAUGUGUCUCCAUCGUUUCAUAGUACGUUCUUUAACGGUAAAAUAUUGCAAAACCUCUAAAUUUAAAGGACCGCUUCAAACAAGUCAAAGAAAAAAAGUGAUAUUGUGCCGAGGUGUGCUUUGGUCUUGGGGGUGACUUUCACCCCUUCUCGGGGGUGAAAAACUAUACGUACAAAGUAAGUCCGGAAAUGGAUAAAUUGACUAAUUUUAAGUAACUUUUGUUCUAUAGCGUUUUUUCAUUCAGUAUUCAGUCCAAUACUUUUCGAGUUAUUUGCGAGUGAAUAUGUUCAUUUUUCAACAAAAUAACUACGCCUUUAGACGGUUUUUCGCAAACUCGAAAAGUAGGUACUUUGUCGAAAACAACAUUCUUAGCAAAAAUAUAGCCUGUAAAAAAUUUUAAAAAAUGAUGUGUAUAUUAGGUAUCUAUACCUAGUAGAAGCAGAGUUAUAGCUAAUGAAAAAAGAGGUUCAUAUUCGUCAAAUUCCAAAUGGAAUACUUUAACGUGAAAUAACCAAAAAAAUAAAUCAUUUUUUGGAAAAAACGUAUUACAACUUAUUUAAACUGUUUAAAAAACUUAUUUUUGUUUUGUAAAUAAAAUUUCUAGCAUCAAAAUUAAACAAGUUAUGCUCAAAAUAAAGUUAAUCCCUUUUUUGGUACAAAAAUCGUGAAAAUCACCUCCUAAUUAGUAUGUCAAAUGAACUUAAUCGUUACCACUUCACAAGUUUAUCUACUCGUGUAUGUAUUGUUUAUAUGAUCUGUAAGUUUCAUCGGUUUAAAGUGCUUAUUUUUGAAAGGGCUGUAGUUAAAAGGGCUUGAACAAGUCACUGAUCACGAGUGUAUGCAAAUUUAGAAACACUAAAUCUUAAUCAAUUUUUGUCUUACAUAAAAACAAAAAAUAGAAGAUAUUCAGAAAAGCAAUGCUGACAUUUUUUGUUUUUUGAGAUUUUCAGUAUCUCUAAUAAUUUUUUAGUUAUUUUGAAAAAACCAAUUAAAAAUUUAAAAAAUUUUACUUUAAAACCAAUUUUUUUCUAAAUAAGCACUUUAAACGGAUGAAACCUACAGAUCAUAUAAACACAACAUAAUAAGUAAAAUAAUUUGUGAAGCGGUAACGAUUAAUUUCAUUAAAGUUGUUAAUUAGGGGGUGAUCUUCCUGAUUUUUUUUGCCAAAACAAAAGGGGUCAACUUUAUUUUGAGCGUAACUUGCUUGCAUUUGUUGCUAGAAACUUGAUAUAAAAACAGAAAUAAAGCAUAUUUUAAAAACUUUAAAAAAGUUAUAAUGGGUUUUCCCCAAAAAGUGCUUCAUUUUUUGGAUAUUUCACGUUGAAGUGUUCCAUUUGAAAUUUGAACUCUGGUUCUACGAGGUCCAGAGACCUCAAUCGUACACCAUUUUUUUUUUUUACUUUUUUACAGGCUAUAUUUUUGCCAAGAAUAUUUUUUCGACAUAAUGCUUACUUUUUGAGUUAUUUGCGAAAAACCAUCUAAAAACGUGGUUAUUUUGUUAAAAAAUGAACAUAUUCACACGCAAAUAACUCGAAAAGUGUUGAAUUGGCAAAAAAGCUCUAUAGGACAAAAUUUACUUAAAAUUAGUAGUUUAUUCAUUUCCGGUCUUAUUGUGAACAUAUAUUUUUUCACCCCCAAGAGGGGGUGAAAGUCACCCCCAGGGGAAAAGCACACAUCGAUACAAUAUCUCUUUUUUUCUUUGACAUGUUAGCCAUGCGUAUGCCAAAUUCCAUGUCAAUCCAAGGGGUUCUUUAAAAUUUACAGCAAAAACCGUGAAAGAAUGUACUAUUAGUGCUGGAUUUAAAUCAAUUUUAAAUAAGGAUGCACAGCCUUGUUUUAUUCCUUUUAGUAAUUGUAAGUUGUAUAUUCGUAUAAAUGUCCUUAGCUGUUUGAAUAAAUAUAUUACUUAAACCAUUCUCCUUCAUUGGAGGUCCCAUUUUAGUGCCGGGUAUGUUAACAUAGGCUUUUUUAGAUCUACGAAUAUCAUAUACAUACAUACUUCUAAGAUUAUGGCUAUUCUUUUUUCUAAAAGCUAUUUGGGACGUCGAUUGGAUAGAUUAGCGGGACGAGAGUUGGCUAGUACAUCACUUCUUCGCUGUGAUGAAUGCGAGAUCAAUUCCUCGCUCGGUACACGAAAAGCAGAAAGGCUAACCCAGCAGUUUAAAAUUCAUAGGAACCUGAUACUUAGACUGGAAUGUGCGAUUGUCUGAUCGGCAAAUGGGGGAGCAGUAGGACAAGAUAUACGGGCUUGCGGCUUAGUGAUACUCCUCCCUACGUCCCUACCCGAAGGGCGUUGUCGCUUAAAUACCAAUAUAUAUAUUUGGGGUAAAAGAAGUAUGCUACAGACUUUUCUUCCUGGAAUCCUGUUGGCUUCUUCUCUUCCGUUACUUGGUUCUCUUUCUUUCUUUUAUAUUCUUAGAGUAAAGUUUAAAUACAUAUAGAGUUUGAUAUACUUAACGACUGUAGUCGUAGGACGUUCAUCCAUCACCAUUUCAUAUACAUAUGUUUGAUACGAAUGCUGUUUUCCAUUCGUGUGUCAGUUCUCAUUGUCAUUAGAACUUUUUUACUUCAGUUGGUGUUAUUGAGUUUUCUUCUACAAAAGAUAUCUUUGACUGGAAAGAGUGCUCAAUAUCUUCAGUAAUAAAUGUGAACUAUCUUCAGUCAACAGAUUUUGAUAAUAAUAUUUUGAAUCUAUGUAUUAGCGGUGUUAGGAUGGUACGAGCUUUUUCUUUCUAUGCGUUCUUGCGGAUUUUAUUGUUCUCCAUGCAUCGCUUGCUUUGCUGAUGCAUAUGCUCUGGUCGAUCUGUUUGUAUUUAUUAUACCAUGAGUAAUUUUUUGCUGCCAUCUUUGAUUUUUGCUCCACUAUACCACUACUCUAAUAUGUUCACCCCACCAUUCUUUUGUAUUUUUUCGAUCUAAUAUGGGUUUUCCUAACCAUGUUCACCACAGUUACCUAUACGUUUAAUCUUAUUCUGUAAAGGAAUACUAUUCCAGUCUUCUUAUUUGAAAAAAAUUAAAACCUAAUCAAAGGUUUUUUGUCAGCUGGUUUCAAGAGUUUUAUUAUCUGCGUUAUUUUUAUCUACCACUUUAAAAAUGAUACUUCAAAUCUUCAAUAUUAUCAAAUUCUAAGAUACUCAAAUUAGCAAUUACCUAUAUCAUAUGUAGUUACCAGGUAUUAUUUUCUUAUAAUACAUAUAAACCUAUCUUGUAUGUAUUAAUUUAUAAAAUUCGUAGAUUGUCCAUUGAACCAAUAUAAGACAAAUUAUACCUCAAAAUAUAUUAAAUAAUGAUCUGCUAAAAACAACAAUAUCCCUUGUUUUAUCUGCCCAAUCCUAUCCGCUAGGAGCUUCGCUGGUAUCGACAACUAGCGGAUUACGAGUUCAACUUUUGUCGGAAAUUUAAUGAGAAAAUUAUAACGAAUAAUAGCAAAUAAUUGUUUCAAAUUUAUUAUUUAUUCCUUAUCGUGUAAUAUUGACCAUAUACAGUAUAAAGAAGUAAUUAGAUUAUGUUUUUUUAAGAUUUUGCGUAUUAUUUUGACGUAUUUACUGGCGAAUAUUAGUUUCCAUCUUUCUUACUUCUGAUACUUUGACAAUUAUCGUGUAGAUGGCACUUAGAUUAAUAAUUAUAUUUAAACGUAAAAAACCAAAUUUUAAUAUUUAAAACGUAAGUAGUAUAUUUAAGGAAAAAUGUAUGCCACAGUUUUGACCAACUAAUAUAUUUUCCUAUUAAUGUUUUUAAUUUCAAUGUUUUAAAUUAAUCACUUUGACAUUUAUGUCACAUUUCCAGCACUGACUUGUCACUACUGGUGCUCACGAACUUUUAGAUAUCCCGUCUACCUACGAGCUCACAGCGGAUACCUGCCCUAAUAACACCAAACAUUCAAUGUAUGAUCCUAGAAUGUACACACAGGACAUUGAAAACAUUCCUGGAAUGUCCUCAAAAGCACAAGAACGUCCCCUAAAUGUCCCACGAAAAUCCUCUCCGUCAGCAUUUUAAACAUUCCCUGAAUGUCUUAUUGGAACUUUCCAUGAAUGUUUACGAAUAUUCUUUGAACAUUCACAGUAUAUUUUUUACACAUUUCCUGGAUAUAGUCGCUGAUGUGAUAUAAUACCACCGAUUUGUUUUUUCAUGAGUUUUGUAAGAGAGAAUAAAAACUUUUUUUACAGUCACCUCCUGUUUUCAUAUAAUAUUUUUUGACUUGUUUUGUAGUAAAUUCAACUAUCUAUUUACUACAAAACAUGUCAAAAUUUACAUGUGACAACAAGAGAUGACCCUAAAAAUGGUUUUUCGUCUCCUACAAAAUUCAUGAAAAAGCAGAUAGGAGGUAUUGUCACAUCACCGACGAUAUACCAGAUGUAUAUGUGGCCAUACCAAAUAAUAUAUCCUUGAUACAUAUAAACAUUUGUAUUGCACAAAAUUUUGUCAUAUAUUUUUUUCCAUAAUCAUCACUACGAUGAUGAUUCAUUGUAUUGAAUUGUACAUUACAAUUACGAUCUGGUCAAUACUGACCAAUGAGCAAUUUUAAUUUAACCUAAAUCACUACUGUUCUUUAAAUUGAAGAGCUUACCCCAUAGCGUCGCUUAUCUAAUCUAACCAGAUCGUGCACUAUUCUAACAUCACUAUCACCUAUCACUCAAACUAGUUCAAAAGGCUUUGUCCUCUUCAAUCUUCUAGUUUGCCCAGUACUAUCGGGGAGCUGGAUUUCCUCAAUAUUCUCGUUCUUAUGAAGUUGUUGCUCGUAACUUCCUGUCAUCUUCUUGAUGAUUAUAUCCAAGUUUCAUUUCUAGGUCCUUAUGGAGAUCGCUGUUUGUCACAUACCAAGGAGCAUCUACAAUAUUUCUCAGUAUUUUGUUCUGAAAUCUUUGUAUAAUUUUUAUAUUACUUGUUCCAUACAGGUCUUAAUAUUUAUUUAUAAAGUAAACUUAUUAUGCAUCGACAAUGUGGAGUUUCUUCCAACUAGCCAACACACUUUUUAUAUCUUUCUUUUGGUUAUAUCUGGUUUUUUGUAGACCACCUUCAGCUGAUUCUAAAAAAAAUUAAAAUGAAUGGUAAUUUUUCUCUUCUUUAAAAUUAAAAAUCAAAAGGAAUAGGUGCUAUUUACAGGUAAUAAUAUGCAUAAAAAAUUCGUUUUAUAAAGAAUAAAGAAAAUUGAAGGAUUUUAUAAUACUUACAUAAUUGUUUAAACAAAAGAGAUCCGGCCAGAGCAGAGCAAAACUAACAGACAGAACAGCAAAAAAAGCCACCAAUUUCCAUUUUACAGAAAUUUUUAGGUUAUCAUGAAAUGUGAUGACCACGCGACCCUACACAGAUACACGCGCGGAAAAUUUGAAAAUGAACGCAAAUUGAAUAGUAAAUGGCCUCUCUUAAAAUAUAGCACAUUGGUAGAAUAUGCAUAGAAUGACUUGUGGUAACAUUCCACCAAUAAUUUAAUCAGAUGUUCACCGAAUGUUCCUUGAAUGUCCAGGACAUUCAAACAUUAAUAGAACUUUGAUAGUACAGUCCUGGAAUGUUUUGUUUUGUUAGGUUGGCUUAUGGGUGAUCAAAUAUAAUAAACUACACCGAUUCUGAGUCGGUUCCUACUCUAUCUUAAAACAGAAAAACAAAUUCACAACGGUGUAACUUUUCUACAUACAUACACACACACCUAUAAUUAUUUUCCCGUUUUCAAAUAGAAAUUGAGUCAAAUUUCUAAGCUGGGUGGCUUUUAAAUGGUAUAACUGAGAUUCAAAAUUAGACACGCGUUGGAAAGGUAUUGACCAAUACUAUUAGAAGCCGUAAAAGUACGACUUAAAUCUUCCAAGCUUAAAUCUUUGGUUUCACGCUAUACUUGGAGCAGAGUACAAAAUGAUGGCGGUAUAUAUGGAUGAACUGCUGAUGCUUUAGUGCAGAGAUCGGCAACCUGCGGCUCGCCGCAUGGGGCCCUUUGCAACUUUUUACGCGGCCCGCCAAAGCACUACUAUAAUUAGGGAAAAUCCACAGGAAAAUAUUCCAAUAUGCGGUUCAGAGAACGUGUAUGAAUUGUAUGGCUUCGAAAUUAUGGCAUUUAGGUAUAGGGAAUGUCAUAUGAAAAAUAAUCAGUAUCCCUUAAGGAUUCCAAAAAUUAAAAAAUAUAUAGGGUGUUCCAUUUGAAAUAAGAAAGUUCGUUAGAUUUUCAGAAAAACGGAAGAUUUGACAACAAUGUAAUUACCACUAUAAUAUCGGCCGCAUUAAAAGACCCUUACCCACCAAAACUUAUAAAAAUCAUUCUAGCGGUUUCCGGGAAAAUAACGUGUGGCCAGACUUUCUCGCAACCCUGUAUAGUGUCGCAUAUAGAGGGGUUGUGAGCCACUAGCGAGAACUGUCGUUCUCUGGGAUUAUAAAAAUAUAUCAAAGAGCAUAUUACACACAUUUCUUUUUCGUAAAAAUUUAGACAGGCUAAAUCGAAGAAACCGUUAUAUCUUAUGAAACUUGAUUAUGGCCUUCAUUAUGUGCCUUUCUAAUGACUAAUGACUGAAAAAAUACACCAGUAGUUUUGAGGUACAAUUCUAGGUUAAUGUAAUACAGCAAAAGUAGUAUUUAGGGUAACAUUCUAUUAUAUUGUCAAUUCAACAACUUAUUUGAGAUUAAUAAAUUCCCAGUCAAAUCAACUUAUCUCCACCGUUUUGACAUAAUAUGACACUUUAUUUAUAUCUAAUGGAUAAAAGUUUUUGUAAAAUUUUGGUAACUUUACAAAAAUGUUGGUCUCAAUAUGUUUGUUAAAAUUUUUGACUAUUAUGAUAUAAACACACCAUAAUAAGCAAUGUUAUAGAGAUAGAAUAUUUAGAAUAUUACCCUAUUAAUAAUUAUAAUACGAUUGUGAUAUAUUGUUAAAAUAUCAGUAUUGUAAAUAAAUAGUUUUUUUUUUAUUU